AUGGCUACGAACGAGACAUGCGACGCUCGCUUGGAAAACGUCUACCUUGUCCUCAUGGACAUCGCCAACUAUAGCGCGUUUCCUCUCCUCCUGGAGACCGCACUCAUCGCCAUCUUCACGGUCAUGAUGCUGUACUUCGUCUUCCAGCGCUGGCGGUCUCAUUCGCGGAUACUCAGCUGGAGUCUUGCACUCUCGCUGUGUCUAUACAUAUUGACAGUGAUAUGUUGGGCCGGCGACGUCUGGAACCUUUGGGCGGAGCUGUACCUGGCGCUACCGGCCAAGCUCGUACCAGCGCGCGCGAGCGCUAACGAGGUCGCGUACGCGCGAGCGAUCGACGCCAUACAGAACAUACAGAACCUUCUAACUCCCAUCGUGAUGAUAAUCAGUGAUAUGAUCACGAUGUGGAGAGUCUAUGUCAUCUACGGUCGUGCGCGCUGGAUCCUGGCGCUGCUCGUCUUCGUCGGCAUGGCGGAAACCGCGUUGUCCAUUUACGCGAUCUACCUUACCAGCUUUAAGGGUGACCUGGGCACGGAUAUAGCUCCUGCCAAUGAAGGUAUCGCACAGAUCGUCGAGCUUACUACCUUCGUGGGCACUGCUGCAUGCCAGGUACUGGCUGCGGGAAUGAUAAGCUACAAAGCAUGGCUACAUCGUAGAAGUGUCAAGCAGUAUGCCGGGGUCUCGGGUUCUCGCCGCAGCAUAUCUAUGAUGCUUCUCGUCGUGGAGUCCGGACUCCUUUAUGCCGCUCUCUGGGUCUAUCAUGCAAUCAUAUAUGCCGAAUUCAUCCAUUCCUGGGCCGAGACGGCCUUCUACUGGGCUGGCUAUUUCAUUCCCACCAUCUCCGGAAUGUACCCAACGCUUGUGAUCAUGCUUGUAGCGUUGCAGGGCUCAUUGGUGGAACGUAGCGUGGAACGCGCGUCAGCCUCUGAUGCGGUGGUAUUCGCCGUGCCUGUCACAAUGUCCACGGCCGGCGAAGCACAUACCCCGAACUCUCAACUCGACGGCUCGCUCUAUUCUCAACGCGAUGAUGAGAAGACACAUCAUGUAGUUCGCGCUAGUACGGAGCGAGUCAUCCGUACGGCGCAGGCGUAUGCAGUAUGA